UCCUCCUCCUCCUCCAGCCCUUGUGUGGGACUCCAUUUUCCCAGCCCCAAAGUCUCCAAGGGAAGGGUGCCGUGGGAGCGCGCAGCCAAGAUGGAAUAAUAGAGAUCUCUAGAUCUGCAUAUAGCUAUCUAUAGAUCUAGAUAUCUAUACAAAACCCAGCCGUGCCUCCACGACGUCGCCCGGGCGCCUCCGGAUUUGGGCAGCGUUAGGAUCGGCGUCUUUGUGUGCGCGCUCGCUCGCGCUCGGCUGGACAGUUUUCGCCUUGGUGGCUUUUUGCGCCCCCGCGGAAUGGAUGACCAAGGGAGGCUGAUCCAAGCUCGGGGGCCCGUGGGGCUCCCGGGCCAUCCCGCUGUGCCGGGGGUCCCCAGCAUGACCCCCCACUCCCUCCACGAGCCCCCCUCGGAUAACGGCGAGCCGCGCAAGCAAGACAUCGGCGACAUCCUGCAACAGAUCAUGACCAUCACCGACCAAAGCUUGGACGAGGCGCAGGCAAAUUUAAACUGCAGGAAACAUGCCCUGAAUUGUCACCGCAUGAAGCCAGCUCUCUUCACCGUCCUCUGCGAAAUCAAAGAAAAGACAGGACUGAGCAUCCGAAGCUCCCAGGAGGAGGAGCCGGUGGACCCCCAGCUGAUGCGCUUGGACAAUAUGCUGCUGGCCGAGGGGGUGGCCGGCCCAGAGAAAGGGGGUGGGUCUGCGGCAGCAGCGGCCGCAGCCGCAGCAGCAGGGGGGGUGUCCCCAGAUAACUCCAUUGAGCACUCCGAUUACCGCAACAAGCUCUCCCAGAUCCGCCAGAUCUACCACUCGGAGCUGGAGAAAUACGAGCAGGCCUGCAACGAGUUUACGACCCACGUGAUGAACCUCCUUCGGGAGCAGAGCCGCACGCGCCCCGUGUCGCCCAAGGAGAUUGAGCGCAUGGUCAGCAUCAUCCACCGGAAGUUCAGCUCCAUCCAGAUGCAGCUGAAGCAGAGCACCUGCGAGGCUGUCAUGAUCCUGCGAUCCCGCUUCCUCGAUGCCAGGCGGAAGCGGCGCAAUUUCAGCAAGCAGGCUACGGAAGUGCUCAAUGAGUAUUUCUACUCACACCUGAGCAACCCUUACCCCAGCGAAGAGGCCAAAGAGGAGCUUGCCAAGAAGUGUGGAAUCACAGUCUCACAGGUCUCAAACUGGUUCGGGAACAAGCGCAUCCGCUAUAAGAAGAACAUCGGCAAGUUCCAAGAGGAAGCCAAUAUUUACGCCGUGAAAACGGCUGUCAGCGCCGCGCAGAGUGGGGGCGACUCCCCCAACACCCCCUCCUCCGCGGGCUCCGGCGGCUCCUUCAACCUCUCCAGUUCUGGGGAUAUGUUCAUGGGCCUUCAGGGUCUGAAUGGAGACUCGUAUCCCACAUCACAGGUGGAAUCGAUGCGUCACUCGAUGGGGCCAGGGGGCUACGGGGACAGCAUGGCUGCCAGCCAGAUGUACAGUCCACGAGAAAUGAGGGCCAAUGGUGGCUGGCAAGAAGCGGCCACCCCAUCCUCUGUGACCUCCCCAACAGAAGGUCCUGGUAGUGUCCACUCUGACACCUCCAACUGAUCCUGCUGGGCUGCGCUCCCUCCUCUGUCAUUUUCUUCCUGGCUCCAGUGGGGGGGGGGGAUUAACCCUAGUGCUGAACUAGGCUGGGCAGGGAAAGAACUCGUCUUUUCUCCCACCUGGCAGGAGAUCACUGCACCACCCGCAGUGCCGGGGCAGGGGAGGGAAGCAAGUACAGCAUCUCUUGGCAUUCAAGGUGGCAACACUCCGUGGGGACGAUGAAUUCAAGAUGGCACCUGUUGUGAUCCAAGAUCCUUCCAUGAUCCUGAACGGCACCUCUUCUUAAUAAGCAAGAUGCAACUCUAGAAGCGGUGAAGGGGACCCAAGACGGUGGGAGGCGGGGUGGGGAGUGGGUGGGAGGGGCUAUCUCAAGCGGUCCAUCUGCUUGGAUGGGCUAGGCAGAUGAGCUAAUGUACCUGCAAUGCGAUAUCAUAAUCUGCUGGCUCGGCCUUGUAGAUAAGCACACCUGCCCAAGGGGUGUCGAGAUGGCAUCUAAACUGCUUAUCGUGGGAUUGCAAUUCAAGAUGGCAGCACCGACGGGUUUCUUGGUAGUAGGAUGAGCAGAAACACUGGCCGAAGAGGGCUUAAGUUGGCAUCUCUCCAUGAUGGGAUGAUUCCAAGAUAGCAAACUGUGGUGUCUUCUUGUCGAGAUUUGAACAUGGCAUGUAUAUAUAAAAGAGAGAAAGAGAGAGGGGGAAAUCAGGCAUGGAUCCUGUCUGGACUCAAGGUGGGCAUCUCCUUUGCUGGUGCUGACCAGAGAUACCAACCAACAUCCUUAUGAAAUCUUUUGGCAGAAAGCGAACAUGGAAGGCGAUACAAGGGCCUCGCUGCAAGAUUGUGUGGAGCCAAGGCGAAACCCUCACCUAGGCUGAAGAAACCGUUAUACCUCUCAGUGAAUAGGUUCCCUGGGUAUGAAGAUCUAAGAUGGCUACCAUCUGAAUCAGAAAGGGGAUAUAGCCCUGAAGAGAAGUUAUGAGGGGCCCAAGAUGUUACAGAUUGGUGCCCUUCCAUUAGGCCAGAAGUGGGGAACCUUUGGCCUUCCAAUGGUUGUUGGGCUGCAGCUGUUGGUCAUGUUGGCUGGGGUUGAUGGGAGAUGUCAUUCAUCAACAUCUGGAGAGCCAAAUGUUCCCUGCUAAAGAGACAGAACAUACCAUGGUACCUUUUAUCAGAAAGACAGUGGGGGCUUGCUUUCCAAAAUGGCGGUUCAAGGUAAUAGAGGAGGGGAAGUAGUAAUAAGCACAAACUUCUUAUCUCCUAGGCAGGAUUAGAAGCUCUGGAAUAAGUUGUGGGGGAAGCCAUAGGGCUAAGAGAGCCCAGCUCACCCCAAGUUACACAUGCUGUAUACUGUAGCUGCAUUAUGGGUUUUGGGGGGGUCUGCUUUUCUUUCUGUCAAAUCUCUUGUUUUCUGAGCUGGUUUGGGUUUUUUUUGGCCUCUUCUCUCUCUAUUUCAGUUUAUCCCAUUGUAACCAUUCUUAUUGUGUGUACAGUUUCUCUCUUGAGUUUUUUCUCUGCUGUCUCUUAUAUUCUUGAUAUUUCCCCCCUGUUGAGUUCUUUUCCCUUUCUCCACCCCAUCACCAUCUUAGGGCUUUUCUGCCUUGUCUGACCAAGCACAAUCAGAUAGGUUUCUGAAUGUCACAAUCCUCUGUGUGAUAUUUGUGCAGCCCUAAUCUCAUGCAA